AUGCCUCUAGGUAUUAUUGACGAUCACAAGCUCGAGCAUGUGCCAGGCACGGCCCCGUUGUCCGACCUCGGACGCCUCGACACCGAGAUUGUUGGUGUCGACCCGACGAUGCUAAAGCAUGAUCCUAGUGGGAAGAUCGUCCUGGUCCCUCAGCCUUCAGACUCAAUCAACGACCCCUACAACUGGCCGAAGUUCAAGAAGUUCAUGUUUGCUGCGACUUUCGCGUACGGCUGCGGUUGUGUUGGAGCCGUUGGCCCUCUCCUCGGUGCAGGAUUCGUCCCCAUCGCGGAAGAAAUUAAUGUUCCUCUCAGCAAACUCAUUUCCGGAUUCCAAGGAGGCCUUAUCUGCGCCAUUGCAGUAGGCAGUAUCAUCUGCAACGCACUCGCAGUGAAAUAUGGCAAGCGUCCCAUCUAUCUGGCCACUUCCGUCGGCCUCGCAGUCACCUGUUUCUGGGCAGCCGCUGCAAAGUCGUUCCCUGCGCUCGUUGCCGCCCGUGUCGUCCAGGGUUUCUGCAUGGCUCCCAUGGAGGCCCUCAUCCCUGCGUCGAUCGCUGAUAUCUGGUUCGUUCACGAGCGUGGCUUCUACACCGCUUUGUUCAACUUGGGUGUUCUUGGUGGCAUCAAUCUUGGUCCUCCUAUCGCCGGACCUAUUAUUCAAUAUGGCUCCUAUAAGAUUUGCUUAUACGCCAUGGGUGGCGCAUUUGUCCUCCAACUAAUCCUGACGUUCUUUUUCAUGCCGGAGACCGCUUUCAAACGGUCAAGCUCUUUGAACAUCGACACAAGUGCCCACAACGUUGCCGUCACCGAAACCAAAGCGGUCGUUCAACAGGUUGAGAAAGACGAAAACGUGACAGUCGCUGCCGCCUCACCUUCUGAGCCUGAGACUAAGAACUCAUUCGCCAAGGAGAUGCGUUUGUACUCAGGCUACGUCAACCAUGUCUCAUUCUGGAAAACUCUCAGCCAUCCGUUCCAGUUACUCGGCUCUCCGGUCGUCCUGUGGGCAACUCUGCUGUUCACGACCUGCAUCUCGUGGUUGGUCGGCAUUUCGAUCACACUGUCUCAGAUUUUCUCCGCCCCACCUUAUAACUUCCCGGUCGUGUCUGUUGGAGCCACGAAUGUGUCCUCGUUUGUGGCGUCGCUUCUCGGAACCUUGGUCGCCGGCCCAGCCAUCGAUGGUGUUGCGAAACUGAUGUCCAGGCACAACAAGGGCACUUUCGAACCCGAGUUCCGCCUUCCCAUCAUGGUGACAUACGUGCUCUUCACGGCCACUGGAUUCUUUGGCUGGGGUCAAGCCGCAUACGCACAAUCUCCAUGGCCUAUUCCUGUCAUUGUGUGCCUCGGCCUGAUCAACCUGGGUGUCCAACUGGGAACCACCUCCGUGGUCACUUACGUCGUGGACUGCCAUCGUGAGCAGGCCGGAGAGGCUUUUGCUGUGAUGAACUUCAUCAAGAACUUCUUCGCCUUCGGCCUGACCUUCUACCUCAAUGGCUGGGUUGCGACCCAGGGUGUGCGAAACGUAUUCUUUGUCAUUGGUGGCAUCACGAUUGGAGUCACUCUUCUGACAAUUCCGAUGUACAUCUAUGGCAAGCGUGCCAGGAGCUGGGUUUACAGGCAUCACAUCAGCUCUUCCCCUAUGCAGCAAUAG